UCCUAAUGAUCUAUAGCUCAGUUGUCAAUGAUGUGUAUAGUUCUGACGUGUGUGUGUGUGUCUACAGUAUACACCUGGCUUGCUGGCAGGACAUAGAGAAUUACAGGAGAAUCCCCAUAAAGACAAGGCCCAGAGAGAGGACAAGUCCAGACUCAUUAAGGACAAAUACCUCAAUAGGAAAUACUUCUUUGGGCCUGACAGUCCUGCCACCAGACAACAACAGGAGGAGGUGAUGCGUCUGGCUGGUGGCUGGGGGAGACUGCUCCAUGACCGUCUGUGUGCUCCUGUCCUGGUGGACAUUCAGAGCAUCAUCAGGAGCCACAUAGAAACAAGAUGGCUGCCUGUCUUCCUGACGACGCCGGAGUUCAAUGAGAGACAGCAGCAGAGAGUCAGGCCUCGGGGUGAAGACCGGGUGUCCGACCAUGUCUACCAGCGACACAGGAACAAGAGAGAGGUGUGGAAGCAGGUCAAGGGGACGUGGAUGACCUCUGCAGGGGAGAUCCUGGCUGUCCGGAGUGCCCUGCUCAACCCCGUCACGUGUCAUCAGUUCCGGCGCUUCGUCUCGCUGAAGGGAGACUUCCUGGAGAAUGACAUCCUGUUCUGGCUGGAGGUCCAGAGGUAUAAGGAUCUGUGUCAUUCCCACUGUGUGGAGGCUGUAGUCCAGGACAAGGUGUCCACCAUCAUCAGCUGUUUCAUCCAGUCCUCCGUCCCCCCAGCUCUGCAGAUAGACAUCCCCCCAGAGCAGGCAACACACAUCCUGGAGAGGAGGAGGGAGAUGGGGCCCUACGUCUUCAGAGAGGCUCAGAUGUGUGUGUUCAGUGAGCUACUGAAGCUGUGGCCAGAGUUCCUGUCGUUCAGCAGCGGUGUGCAGGAGGAGGAGGUGUUGCCGCUGAACAAACAGAGUGCUAAACUGCAGCGUCGCAGGAGGAGAGAGGAGGAAAAGGAAGUUGAGAGGAGAGCCCAGGAGGAAGUGGAGAGGUUUCCAGAGGAGCAUGAGGAGAAACACAAAGGACUACAGGAGAGCAGAGAGCUGCUUUACCCAAGUCAACAGUUGUCUUGGUCCUACUCUAAAUACAUGGUCGCCCUGGAGAGAGAGGAGGUGCUGCUGAGGAGACAGGAAGUCACCUCCUCCACUGGGACAGACUCGUCCUCUGCCCACAGUCUGAGGUCAAAGAGCAGCAGACACUCCCGACAGAGCCAACACCAGACCCAGCAGAGGACAGAGCCAACACCAGGACAGAGCCAACACCAGACUCUGCAGAGGACAGAGCCAACACCAGGACAGAGCCAACACCAGACCCUGCAGAGGACAGAGCCAACACCAGGACAGAGCCAACACCAGACCCAGCAGAGCUCUAUCGUCUCCCCCAGGACAGAGCCAACACCAGGCCCAGCAGAGCUCUAUCGUCUCCCCCAGGACAGAGCCAACACCAGACCCAGCAGAGUUCUAACGUCUCCCCCAGGACAGAGCCAACACCAGGCCCAGCAGAGUUCUAACGUCUCCCCCAGGACAGAGCCAACAAACCCAGCAGAGUUCUAACGUCUCCCCCAGGACAGAGCCAACACCAGGCCCAGCUGAGCUCUAUCAUCUCCCCCAGGACAGAGCCAACACCAGGCCCAGCAGAGCUCUAUCGUCUCCCCCAGGACAGAGCCAACACCAGGACAGAGCCAACACCAGGCCCAGCAGAGCUCUAUCGUCUCCCCCAGGACAGAGCCAACACCAGACCCAGCAGAGCUCUAUCGUCUCCCCCAGGACAGAGCCAACACGAGGCCCAGCAGAGCUCUAUCGUCUCCCCCAGGACAGAGCCAACACCAGGCCCAGCAGAGCUCUAUCGUCUCCCCCAGGACAGAGCCAACACCAGGCCCAGCUGAGCUCUAACGUCUCCCCCAGGACAGAGCCAACACCAGGCCCAGCAGAGCUCUAUCGUCUCCCCCAGGACAGAGCCAACACCAGGCCCAGCAGAGCUCUAUCGUCUCCCCCAGGACAGAGCCAACACCAGACCCAGCAGAGCUCUAUCGUCUCCCCCAGGACAGAGCCAACACGAGGCCCAGCAGAGCUCUAUCGUCUCCCCCAGGACAGAGCCAACACCAGGCCCAGCUGAGCUCUAUCGUCUCCCCCAGGACAGACAAUGGGCUCGUUUGAGUGGAAAUCCUGAAGCAAACCGACUGCAGACGAUCGUGGAGAAAUGAAUUCUGGGAAGGUGCAUCUGUUUCAGCGUUAAGUCUGAUACUCAUGUUACUUUCCAACAUGGCAGUGUUGACAUUUUUCAGAAAAGUUGAUUGUUUGUAAUGUGGAAAUAAAUG